CAUCUCCUGCUCAUCCCAGCGCCUCAGCCUCAGCCUCAGACUCAGCCUGGGCCAACUUUCCAGGGCGCUCGCGGCGAAGCAGGGCAGGCGCGAUCAGGCAGCGUGCGGGUGUGCAGGAGUUUGACGCUUCCCGCGGUCUGCCGCUCUCUCGCUCCGCUCAGCGAUGGGACUGGCUGGAAGGGCCACCUAAAAGCCGGCUUUGCAAACUCUGCUCGACAGUCCUGGAAGGACAUUCAUGGAUUUUCAGCACAGACUGCGAGCGAACACUCCUGCGUUGUGUCUUCGUGCAGAGUUCACUUUGGGAAAGAGAAAAGUUUGGAGGCGAGCUGAGUGAGUGAACCCAGAAGCUCCAGACGCAGAGGCUCCCUACAAGUCCUGUCAUGGAGACCACAACCCCAGCAGCACCAGAGAAGAAGGAGUGCAAGGGCUCAGGCCUGGAUGUUAGCAGCUUCUCCGACCUGCCCAAGAAGCCCUCGCCCACUGCAGUGACACGAGCUCCUCCUCUAUUCCCGACCUUCCACACACCAAUACCGAUCGACAUGCGCCAUCAUGAGGGUAGAUACCAUUAUGAGCCACACCCUCUUCAUGCCAUGCAUGGCCCUGCUGGAUUAGCUGGAAGUCCAGUCAUCUCUGAUAUCUCUCUAAUCCGGCUGUCCCCUCACACUGCAGCAACAGGCGAGUCCCCCUUCAGUCCGCCGCAUGCCUACGUUAACCCUCACAUGGAGCACUACCUGCGCUCAGUCCACAGUAGCCCCACGCUGUCCGUCCUCUCGGCCGCACGAGGUCUGAGCCCAGCUGAUGUGACACACGAGCACCUGAAGGAGCGGGGUCUCUUUGGCCUCCCCCCUCCCCCACCCGGGGCCAACCCAGCCGAGUACUAUCACCUGAUGACCAGCCACCGCAGCCCCUAUGGAGAGUUCCUCAUGCAGACAGGGGCAGCAGCCGCAGCCGCUGCAGCAGCACAUCUGCCUGAUUACAUGAGCCCAGUGGACAUGUCCCGUUUCCCCAGCCCCAGACUGACGCCCCGGCUGAGCCGGAAGCGGGCACUCUCCAUCUCGCCCAUGUCGGAUGCCAGCAUCGACCUGCAGACCAUGAUCCGUACCUCUCCCAACUCUCUGGUGGCCUACAUCAAUAACUCUCGCUCCAGCUCCAACGCCAGCAGCUCUUACGGGCACCUCUCCGUCGGGGGCAUCAGUCCGUCCUUCACGUUCCCACACCCCAUCACACCAGUGGCUUACCAGCAACUGCUGUCCCAGCAGAGAGGGUUGAGUGCAUUUGGCCACACACCACCCCUCCUGCAGCCCUCGCCACCCUUCAGCAGUCGCCAGCAAACCCUAGGAGGCACUGCAAUCCACAGCACCAGCAGCAACCCCAGCACCGAGGCCAACCAGAAUGCUGGAGGUGACUCAGCUGUUAGCAGUACGGUCAAUCCCAUGAUCACGAAGAGGUCAAAGGUGAAGACAGAAGUGGAUGGGACACGUCCUCUCUCCCCGUGUUCACAGGAUCAUGUGGAGCUGAGAGAGGAAGUGGAUAAGGACGAAUGCAAGCAGGAGCCAGAGGCUGUGUACGAGACCAACUGUCACUGGGAGGGUUGCUCUAAAGAGUAUGACACACAAGAGCAGUUAGUGCACCACAUCAAUAAUGACCACAUCCAUGGGGAAAAGAAGGAGUUUGUGUGUCGUUGGGAAGAAUGCUCACGAGAGCAGAAGCCUUUCAAGGCCCAGUACAUGCUGGUAGUGCACAUGCGGAGACACACCGGAGAGAAGCCUCACAAAUGCACAUUUGAAGGCUGCUCCAAGGCUUACUCACGACUAGAGAACUUGAAAACCCACCUGAGGUCCCACACAGGAGAGAAGCCGUAUGUGUGUGAGCAUGAGGGCUGCAACAAAGCCUUCUCCAAUGCCUCAGAUCGAGCCAAGCACCAGAACCGCACACAUUCAAAUGAGAAACCAUAUGUGUGCAAGAUCCCAGGUUGCACAAAGCGCUACACAGACCCCAGCUCUCUCAGGAAGCACGUGAAGACAGUUCAUGGACCAGAAGCACAUGUCACAAAGAAGCAGCGUAGUGACGCCCCUAUGAAAUCUCAGCCUCCUAAAGGGAGCGGAGAGAAUGAUGCCAGCACUAAGCAUGCUGGGAGAGGAACAGAGGGGUCAGCUGAGGCCAACAGCACUACCAGAGGAGUGGAGGACUGCCUACAAGUCAAGUCUAUCAAGACUGAGAACACAGUGAUGUAUCAGUCCAGCCCUGGUGGUCAGUCAUCAUGUAGCAGCGAGCCAUCGCCGCUUGGUAGCACCACCAACAAUGACAGUGGAGUAGAGAUGGCCAUGCACAGUGGAGGCAGUUUGGGGGACCUGAGUGCUCUAGAUGACCCCCCUGUGGUAGAUUCCACUGGUUCUCCAGGGGGCUCAGCAGGAGUAGGCCUCCAGCUGCGUAAGAACAGGGGGGGCCUUCUACAGCUCGAGCAUAUCAAGAAGGAGAAACUAAAGACUGUGAGAGACUCCUGCUCCUGGGCAAACACAGCUCCUCAAGUCCGAAACACCAAGCUGCCUCCUAUACCAGCUGUUGGGUCUCUGCUGGAAAAUUCCAGUAUGGGUCCUCAGAGUGCUGGCCUGCCCGGACAGCGUUUUGGAGACCUGCCCUUGUACGAGAUGACAGUACUGAAUCAGCUGAACGAGCGCAGAGACAGCACCACCAGCACAAUGAGCUCGGCCAACACACUCAGCCGCAGAUCUUCAGGCAUCUCACCCUGCUACUCCAGCCGCCGCUCCAGCGAAUCCUCACAGUUUGGAGGACGCAACAACAACGUCAGCUCAGCAGACUCUUACGACCCUAUCUCUACUGACCUGUCCCGUCGAUCAAGUGAGGCCAGUCAGUGUGGGGGAGGUGGAGGUGCACUGCCAGGCUUGCUGAGCCUCACUCCAGCCCAGCAUUAUCGCUUGAAGGCAAGAUAUGCAGCAGCCACUGGGGGUGCUCCACCUACACCCUUGCCCAACAUGGAUCGCAUGAGUCUUAGAACUAGAAUGGCCCUGUACAAUGACUCCCAGGAGGGCUCGACUCAUUUGUUCCAAGCCCGGAUUGCAGCCAACUCAAGGCGCUGCAGUGAUACAAGCUAUGGCACCCUUGGUAUGAUGCCUCAUGAAGUCCCAAGCAGCCUGCCGAGGAGAGCCAGCGACCCUGUCCGUUGCACAUCUCUGGAUCCGCUCUCUUUGCCUCGAGUUCAGCGCUACAACAGCUUGAGCAGCAUGAACCCAUCCCGCCUGCCUCCUGGAGUUAACUUGCAGAACAACACCUGGUCUGACAGCAGCUUGCAUCGCCAUCCCUUCAACCAGAGGCCACCAAGCAUCUCAGAGAAUGUAGUCAUGGAAAACAUGGCCAUCGAUGGAGUUGACCAGGCAGAGGAUGACAUGGUCCUUCCAGAUGAUGUGGUGCAGUACCUCAGGUCUCAGCAUGGUGGCUCAACUCAGGGCCGAGGGACGGCAUACAGCAGCAGUCAGGCACAGGAUUUCCAAAACAAUGUGACUCCCCAGCAACAGCAGCAGUUUUACGGGCAGCGACGCAUGGCUUUGGUUGAUGCUAACAUCAACCACACUGAGCAAGUAAUGCCCCCCUGCCAAAUCAGCCCAGGUUCCCAGCAGCCAUUCCAGUCACCUAAUAGCAUGAACAAGAAUAACAUGCCUGUACAGUGGAAUGAAGUUAGCUCAGGUACAGUGGACAACACGGCAAGGCUUCCGAAACUGCAGCUACCCAGAGCCAACCUGGCAGUGGUCCAGCAAAAGCAGAACAUUGGGGCUUAUCAGAGCUUUUGCUCAAAUCAACAGAUUGCACCAAUGAGCCAGAAUUUGGCUGUUCUUCAGCAGGGUAACUCACAGAGGAACACUCAGAGGAUGAACUCCAUGCAGCAGUACAGACAGUCAUAUGGCAACCCCUUUCAAAACCUCAAUGAGCAAACAAAUGCCCAAGCAGCAUAUAGGCAGGAAAUGAACACCAAUCCUUUAUCAGGGAACCCCAACCAGCGCCCAGUAUGCAAUGGCCUGGCUCUGCAAAAUCAAAACAUGCAGAAUUACAAGUCCAACUACUCACACAUGGAGAACUUCAACCAGCAGAAUUAUGAACCACCAAACCAAACAGUCCUUCAAAAUGGUGGCAGAGUGCCGUUUCAGCCCAGGCCUCCUUCUGAACCCAAAUCUUCAAGCAGGCACCACUCAGGUUCAGCUUUGCCCCAGCAACCUGGUUAUUCUGCAUCCAAUGCUAGCUCUGACUUUAACACCUCAGAGGCUAGCCCUAAGAGACCCACUGGCACUAACCAUCUUACAAAUGGAGAUAAUAGCAUGUGCUAUUCAGUUGAGAUUCACAUGUUAGAUGGCAACUUAGAAUAUAAUUCACCAAUGUCUCCCCAUGCCAACCAAGCUCCUCGUUCAACAGUGGCUACAAUGGCAUCUCCAGGGGUCAACCAGGUCACCAGCACAGUGGACACAUCUCAAGCUGUUGAGCAUACUCAAAUAGACUUUGACGCUAUUUUGGACGAUGGAGAUCAUUCCAGCCUAAUGUCUGGCACACUGAGCCCUGGCCUUUUGCAGAGUCUUUCCCAGAACUCCUCACGACUGACCACCCCACGUAACUCUGUCACGCUGGCCUCCGUGCCGGCAGGCAUCAGCAACAUGGCUAUUGGUGACAUGAGCUCUAUGCUGACCGCCCUUGCUGAGGAAAGCAAGUUCUUGAACAUGAUGGCUUAAGGAUUAAUUAAUUAUACAUGUCAGACACUAGCAAAGACAUUACCUGUCCUACUGUCCUAUGCUUGGUGAUCUUUCUACCUUUUUGUAAAGACUGUAUGAAUAAUAAUAAUAGAUAUGUGAUACAACAGCCACUUAUGUCCUAUGGGGAGCAAAACAUGUAUAUAUGUUUUUUUGUUUGUUUUAUAAGAGAAAAGCACUGAUACAUACCAGUGAAAUGUAAGGAAUUCCAGGUGUGCAUUACCAAACACCUGCAUCAAAAUUGACAUUUUCAGAGAGAAUUAUAUAUUAUAUGCAAUCAGACCGAAUUACAAAGGCCUCAAGAUGGCGUAUCUGUGUCAGAAAGCCAUAUGUUUUGCUUGUAUUGAGUGAUUUAAAAAGAGAUCAGGGUAAUGGUCUCAGGCUGACUUAGAAUAAGUCUGAUUUUUCCAGCCUCAGCAGUGCACUAAAGGUGGUUCACAAAGUGCCUUGCAAAAGAAUAAAAAUAAAAUAAAUAAUAAAAAAAAAAAAUACUAAAAACACAAAUGAGCAUUAAAACUGUCAAACUGUAUGUAAUCUGGUAUAUAUGUACAAGUCUAGAGCUAUAGGUAUUUGUGUUGUGUUUUAUCAAAUUAUAGACACUAUGCGAUACGCAUUAAAUUAUGUUCAUUACUCGUUUGCUGCACAACCUUAAUUUGCGUGAUGUACAGUACUUUUUGAUGCCCUCUUGUUCACUCAAAGAGAUUAAAAGAGCCUUUGUUGGGAAAUAAUCCUUAUUAUACUCCAAGAUAAUGAUGAAUUUUGUCAAUAUUGUCAGAUAUCCUCCAAGUGCCCUCCAGGAACUGUAAAUCUCUGGAUGAAGCUCAUCAGGUUGUGUGAUUGAAAAGGACAGCAGUGCAUCUCAGAGCGAGGGUCCGCAGGGGGACUGUCAACCCUCGCCUCCCUCAAAGAUGUCUUUAAAGGAAUAUGCAAGUACUCUACAUGCUCUCUGUGGAGAUUCCACCCUAAUUAACAGGUUCAUCACCCCCAUGAGCUUAGGAUGGACCAGAACAGCUUACAAAGGGGAAUGUCUUUGAUCCUACGUUGCUGGAGAACAGAAAUCCCACAACACAAACUCCGUUUCUUGAAUGUUUGAAUUAAAGGAAUUUUUUGUAUAUCGCCGUCCCAUUUACCAAGCUUGUAUAGUUUUUGUAUAUUUUUAAUACAUUAUCUUGAUAUACUUGGACAUUUCUUUUCUAACA